GAUGCGCGUAUAUUUUUUUCCGUUAUGCCCGUGAUCACAUCCUAGCUAGCGGAUAACUGAUUAUAUAUAGCUUUUUUUUUCCGUUAUGCCCAUGAUCACAUCCUAGCUAGCAGAUAACUGAUUAUAUAUAGAAAUCAUUCCAUGUUGAAGCAACACUAUCGCUGCUGGCUUUUUAGGUAGUAGCCACAACCACAAGACAACACGAAGCUAGCAGUGCAUGCAAUGGCGCCGGCGGAUCUCCACUUCGUGAUGAUGCCGCUCAUGGCGCAGGGCCACGUGCUCCCCAUGGUCGACCUGGCGCGCCUCAUCGCCGGCCAUGGCGCGCGCGUAACCGUGGUGCUGACGCCCGUGAACGCCGCGCGCAACAGGACCGUCCUGGAGAACGUCGGGCGGGCGGGGCUCGCCGUGGACGUCGCCGAGAUACCCUUCCCGGGGAACGCGGUGGGCCUGCCCGAGGGCUUCGAGAGCCUCGACAUGGUGACGGACAUAUCCCUCGGCAUCCGUUUCUAUCAAGCCUGGGAUCUGCUCGCCGAGCCGCUCGAGGCGUACCUCCGGUCGCUGCCCAGGCGCCCGGACUGCCUCAUCGCCGACGCGUGUGGCUCGUGGACGGCGGGCGUCACGCGGCGGCUCGGCAUCCCGCGGCUGAUCCUCCCCGUCACGUCCGCGUUCCAUCUCCUCGCCACGCACAACCUGAUCACACACGGCACGUACGACCGCGCUGCCGACGACUUCGAGCCGUUCGAGGUGCCGGACUUCCCGGUGCGCGUGGUUGUCAACCGGGCGGCGUCGCUCGGCUUGCCGCUCAUGGAGAAGCACCAGCGGGAGAUGAUCGAAGCCGUGGCCACCGCCGACGGCGUAUUCAUCAACACGUGCACGGACUUGGAGGGCGUGUUCGUUGAGCGCUACGCGGAGGCGAUCAGCCGCAAGGUAUGGGCGGUCGGGCCGCUCUGCCUCCUCAACACAGCCGUCGCCGGCACGAUGGCGGAUAGGGAAAACCGGGCGGCCAUGGAUGCCGAGCGUAUCGUGUCCUGGCUCGACGCGCGGCCACCGGCGUCUGUGCUCUACGUAAACUUCGGUAGCAUGGCCCGCCUGUUCCCGCUGCAGGUCGCCGAGCUCGCCGCCGGUCUGGAAGCAUCCCGCCGGCCGUUCAUCUGGGUAGUCAAAGAGACAGAGACUGCCGGCAUCGACGCUGAGUUUGAGGCCCGUGUCAAGGACCGGGGUCAUAUUAUCUGCGGGUGGGCGCCGCAGAUGACCAUCCUGUCGCACCCAUCCGUGGGUGGCUUCCUGACGCACUGCGGGUGGAACUCAGUGGUGGAGGCUGUCUCCCACGGCCUGCCGCUGCUGACCUGGCCACACUUUCAUGACCAGUUCCUGAUCGAGGCGCUGGUCGUUGACGUGCUAGGAGUCGGUGUCCGUGUUGGCGUGAAGGUGCCAACCACGCACAUAGGGCUCGUGAAGCCCGGGCAGCUGCUGGAGGUGCAGGUCGGGAGGGACCACGUGGAGAGGGCGGUGACCGAGGUGAUGGACGAGGGGCCAGCCGGCGCGGCGCGGCGGGCUAGGGUGAACGAACUUGCGGAUAAGGUGAGGACCACGGCUGAGGGCGGGUCGCGGGAUACUAACGUCAAGAACAUGAUCAGCCAUGUCAUCGAGCUUGUGUGCAAGAGCAAGGAGAAGAAGAUGGACGACGCAGAUGGCAAGAUCCCAGUGGCGUAAGAAUAAAGUCCCUUGAAUUACGCAAAUAAGUAUACUUCAGAAAUAAUAUACGUACAAACAUUGUAACAGAGGCUGUAUUUCAACGCUUUUAAAUUAAAACCCGUCUGGUUGACUGGUUGAA